GCCGCGACCGCUCUUCCUGGACUCGCUGCUGCAGUCUCUGUCCCUCUCCGGCGCCUACCCGCCCGCCUCCCUGCAGCACAUGUUGCACACGCUGCUGCUGGUGGUGCGGGAUGCGGCCGCAGCGGGCGCCGGGGAGCAGCCCACCUCGCCCCCACACCCCCACCCCCACCACCACCUGCACCCCCACCACUCGCAGCAACACCAACACACCGCCGCCCCAGCAGCCACAGCGACGCCCUCCUCCGCCGCCGCCGCCACGACAGCCACAUGGCAUGCCAAGCUAGCGCUGCUGUCCUACUUCCUCCUGGAUUCGGGGCUCCUGCCGCUGGAUCCGAGCAGUGCUAGUACGGCAGCGGCUGGUGGGCCCGCAGGCACGGUGGUGCCGCCCGCAGCAGC